UUAGCAGUAUAUUAGAGAGGUUCAUAGAAUAAGCUGUAUGCCGAUGACUAUUUAGUAUUAAUAUCAUUUACAUGCUAACUUCCGCAUUUAUGUACCAAUUCCGAUAUUCCGAUUCAAUGUAAAACUAAGUUAAGCUAAUAUAUGACGAUAAGGAUAUUGUAAAGAUCGGAGAACGGUCACACUGCGAUAUAAGAGAGACUAGCGAGCACAUGUGUAAAUUUAAGCCAAUAUAGAAAAUACGAAUAAAAAGUGAAAUAGAACGGCGAUAACAACUUCAGAAGUGGGAUAGACACCUUUUAAACACCCGCCUACGUAAACAUUUCUGGUCAUCCGAGGACACACAGUUUUUUUUUCCCUUACAAUUGCGAUCGCGUACGACGCCAUUCUGAAAUGGACAAGAAUCAAAUUGUUGAGUGGCUACAAGCCAAUGAAAUCUUGUUCCCAACAAGUGCAACUUUAAGGCAGUUGCGCAAGCUUGCGUUGGAUGCCGGUUGCCAAGAAGCGGCUGAUAUCCCGGAAAACACAUUGGAGGAAGAAGACGCCAAAAUUGAUAUACUAAGUCAAGGAACCGCUAGCGAAGACAUACACAUACACACAUUGGAAGAAGAGGAAGCAUUGCUUGACGCCGCCAUAAGGGUGGCUGAAAAGAAAAAGAUAUUGGCCGGAUUGAUGCAAAACAACAACAAGACGACAGAUGACAUUAGAAUGGUAAAGCAGCUCAUGGUCCCGUUUUCUGCCACUGAAAAUGAGGAAGCUCUUAAGUGGAUUUUGGAUUUUGAGAGAAUCUGCAGAGAUGUUAAUGAGUGUAAAAAUUUUCAAUUGCGCUGCGUACGAAUGCUUAUGAAACCGGGCACAGAUGCGGACUUGUUUGUGCGUGUUGACCGAUCGAGUACUUAUGACGAAUUUAAGAAAAACUUUAUAGAAACAUUUGGUCAUGGCAGUUCAACUGCUGAUAUUGUAUUGCUGUUAAAGGAAACCAUUUUUAACCCUGCGAAGAACACCGUUAUGGGAUACAUACUUCUUAUGGAGGAAAUUGCUAUGCGUGCUAACAUCGACGAAAAAUUGACAGUCCAGUUCAUCAUUGAUGGUUUUCGUGAUCGUUCAGCCAAUAUCGCCCUAUUGUACACAGCUACAACAAUCGGACAAUUGAAAGAGUUGGCUCGGAAGUAUGCAAGUCUAAGUAAGAAGUCGCACAAUUUUUCCCACCGCGCAGAAAGUUCUGGAAAUGAGCGGAACACAAUCCGCUGCUAUAAUUGUUCCGCUUAUGGGCAUUACGCUUCGUCGUGUACUGCGUCGAAACGCGAGAAGGGGUCCUGUUUCCGUUGUGGAUCCCUCCAACAUAUGCUGAAGGAUUGUCAACAGAAGCCUACAAUUAAUCCGCGGAUGGUGGGCGCAGCCAACAACCAGCCGAUUCGAGAUGACGAAGAGGGGCACAAUAUGUUUAUUCCGAUUGUUAACCAGCGCCAUUAAUUUAAUUCAGCACGCUGCGAUUCCUUAUAGUAACUUUAGCGAUGUAUUGUUUCCGACGGACUACUGUGGAGUUAAUGGAUUUAAGAUUAAAACUUUCGGGAAAAUAUUUGUUAGACUUGUUUUUCAAAACAGAGAAGAAGAAAUUUCAUUUUUUGUUGUACCCAACAACUAUGUUGCAACUAAUGUUCUUUUAGGACGUAAGUUUUUGGAAAAAUUUGGAAUAAAAUUGAUUUUUAAGGAUAAGAUAAAA